AUGGCUCUAUAUGCAAAUUUAAGUGCAGGAAGAUCCAUCCGUUCGUUAAACGCCGCGAAGGCCUCACCGUGUUAACCCACGCGAAUUUUUGGAGCAUCGCAUUGCACGAGAGAGAGAGAGAGAGAGAGAGAGAGAGAGAGCGUAAACAGAGCUGCACUCUGGAGAACUUUGUUGUUUCGGAGGUGGAAGUUGUCGGUCAAUUUCUUUUUCUUCUUCCUCUUCUCUUUUCUACUCGUUCGUUCCUCGACACUCAACUCGUAAAAUUGCGCUCAGGAAUCCUCGUGAAUCCUCGCUGUAAUUUUGUCAUAGUCGCUUCAAUCGAUUGCUGUAAAAUAAUGCGAGAAGUUGGCGAUAAAACAGAAGCUUUAUAAUUCAGAACGUUGAAAAGCCCGUUGCGAAAAGGUUAAAUAUGCAGGAGGUUCGUGACGAAGCGACUUUUUUGGAGGAACAACGCGAAAAUGUAAAUUUUUAUGACGAAGGACAGCGGACAGAUGAGUCGGUAGAGGAGAUACAAGCGAUUAAGGAAGUAAAAAAACCCGAUGGGAGUGGGGGAUAUGAGGAAGCGGAUAAAAAUAUCGCGGCAUUCUUGCGUAUGAAGAGUCUGAGUGAAGAUCUCGUGAAAACGUUGAUUAAUGCCGAUCUCACGGAUGAGUACGUCAGACUUUUGAGAGCUUUGGAUUUCAAUGACGAUGACAUCGGAAACUUACGAAACUUAUGGCAAGCGAAGAAUCAAAUCAGCAAAAGCAACAGCUCUAGUACAUUCGAUGACUCAUUACUGGAUGUGUACUUAUCGCAGAGCAGUCUCUAUUUAAAAAAUGUCCUCAGCAAACCUCUGAUCGAAGCUCUUCGCGAAAUCAUAGCGACGAAGCCGGCCGAUCCUGUGGAGUAUCUGGGCCACUGGUUACUCCACUUCAGAGUUUGUGAAGAACGAAGUAUGCGUAAAAAAGAGGAAGAAUUGGAACUGUUGAUCAAUAGAGAAAAACUGAGAAUGAAGAAAGAUGAAGAUAAAGAGCUCAGAGUUCCUAUAGAACAAAAGGAAAAAGAGGAACCUGAUGAGGACUGGAACCAUCUCCACUAUGGAGAAUCACAAAUUGAUAAUGUAUCCAAUUUAUAG